CCAACUUGAACUUAGACCCAUUGUUUGCAUCGCAUCAAUCUUAUUAACUCCAUGUCAGUCAACGGUAUCACUUCCAAAGCGCAAGACGCUCACCUCAGCGGAGCACCUCGCCACGUAGCCGGUGGCUUUGGGACUCUCGCGGUACAUGCAGGCCAGGACCCAGACCCAAUUACGGGUGCGGUCAUCCCUGCCCUGAGUCUAUCCACUACGUUUGCACAGUCGGCUGCUGGUGUUCACAAGGGAUACGACUACUCUCGCUCUGGGAAUCCCACCCGUGCCGCUUUCGAAACUGCUGUUGCAGCUCUCGAAAAAGGAAAGCAUGCUCUCGCUUUCUCUUCAGGAUCGGUCACCACUGCAACUGUCUUGAAUUUGGUGGGCAGCGGAAACCAUGUUAUUAGUGUCAACGACACAUACGGUGGUACUUUCCGUUACUUCACCAAGGUUGCUAGUCACAAUGGCAUCGAAGUUGAUUUUGUCGACUUGUACGAUCCCAGUGUAUUGAAACAGUCAUUAAGGCCAAAUACGAAAGUUGUCUGGAUCGAAACUCCAACCAACCCAACCUUACGACUGGUUGAUAUUCAAGCAGUUGCGGACAUUGUGCACACACAACCUGGUGUUAUCCUCGUUGUCGAUAACACUUUCAUGAGCCCUUACUUUCAAACUCCGUUGGAGUUGGGAGCGGAUAUUGUGGUUCACUCUGUUACCAAGUACAUCAACGGGCAUUCCGAUGUUGUUAUGGGAGUGGCUAUCACGAACGACGAUAGCCUGGCAGAUCGAUUGAGGUUCUUGCAAAAUUCCAUUGGAGGAGUCCCCAGCGCGUUUGAUUGUUUCUUGGCAAACCGCGGUCUGAAAACACUUCAUUUGCGUAUGAAACGCCAUGAAGAAAAUGCUUUGGCCAUUUCAAGAUACCUGGAAAGCUCCCCAAAGGUUGGCGAGGUCAUAUACCCAGGAUUACCGAGUCACCGACAGCACGAGCUUGCGAAGCGACAACAAAAGGGUUUCGGAGGAAUGGUCAGUUUUCGACUGAAGGAUGGCGAUUUAGAGACCUCAAAUAAAUUCCUAUCCGCUCUGCGCAUCUUUGCUUUGGCCGAGUCAUUGGGAGGGGUAGAGUCGCUGGCCGAGCUUCCCGCCGUGAUGACCCAUGCAUCGCUGACACCUGAAGCUAGAGAGGCUCUAGGUGUCACGGACAGUUUGAUUCGGUUAUCGGUAGGGGUAGAAGAUGCCGCAGACCUGAUUGCGGAUAUUGAGCAAGCACUAAACGCAGCUAUUCGUUGAUAUGUUUCUUCGUAGUGGUUAAUAGAAUUUGUUCUAGACUGUCCAUUUCUGUAUGUAUGCGUAAAAUUGAAUAAUAUAGGAAGGGGAAAUGGCCACUGUUCAA